CUAAGACAGAAUCAAAACUAAAGGGGAAGUGUCCACGUGGAUGGUACAAAUAUAGAACAUAGAGAUGUAAUUCAAGACCUCAUUGGUCCGAAAUCUAUCCACCACAGAUUUGCAGAUUUCAUUUAUCCUACUUGGCCCCUUCCAAGAUCCCCUUUUGAUCUCAUACCCUUAUAACCUGAUAUCUCACUUCUUCAUUCAAUUCAAAGAAGAGACACCAGAAACAAGCAUCCACAAACUUUGCAUUGCACGUUAACACUAUCACUCUAUUGGAUACAUACAAAAUAAACAUGGCUACAACAUCUGCUCCAGUGCUUAAUGGUUUGAGCUCCUCUUUCUUGACUGGUGGCAAGAAAAAUCAGGCCUUGUUGGGUGCUCCCCUUGCUGCCAGAGUUGGUGGUGCUGCCAUUCCCAAGAGGUUCAUUGUGGUGGCUGCUGCUGCUGCCAAGAAAUCUUGGCUUCCUGGAGUAAGAGCUGGUGGCAAUUUGGUUGACCCUGAGUGGCUUGAUGGCUCGCUACCUGGUGAUUAUGGCUUUGACCCACUUGGUCUUGGCAAGGACCCUGCAUUCUUGAAAUGGUACAGAGAAGCUGAGCUCAUUCAUGGCAGAUGGGCAAUGACUGCAGUAGUUGGCAUCUUUGUUGGUCAAGCAUGGAGCGGCAUUCCAUGGUUCGAGGCUGGUGCUGACCCUGGUGCUAUUGCACCUUUUUCUUUUGGAUCACUUCUUGGCACUCAGCUUCUCCUCAUGGGGUGGGUUGAGAGCAAAAGGUGGGUCGACUUCUUCGACCCCGACUCUCAGUCUGUAGAAUGGGCCACUCCAUGGUCAAAGACUGCUGAGAACUUCGCCAACUUCACUGGUGAACAGGGCUACCCAGGCGGCAAAUUCUUCGAUCCUUUGUCAUUAGCUGGUACACUAAAGGAUGGUGUUUACAUCCCUGACACGGAGAAGCUUGAGAGAUUAAAGGUUGCUGAGAUCAAGCAUGCUAGACUUGCCAUGUUAGCCAUGUUAAUUUUCUAUUUUGAGGCCGGGCAAGGCAAGACACCCUUGGGGGCUCUUGGUUUGUAAGUGGUUUCAUAUUAAACAUUUCGUUGUAAAGAGUAACUGGAUGUAGAAAGAAGAAACUAAAGCUUGGAUUUGUCCCCUUGAGAAA